UUAUUUCUUUUUUAUUUUUGGGACUUUCUUUGUAAGUACUUGAAAAUACUUGAAAUUGGAAGCAGAGCAUAGCCUAGGAAGGGGGGAGAGAGAGAGAGAGAGAGAGAGGUGCCAUGCGGUACUUUAUAUUUGGUCCUGCAGGUUUUGGAGCAUCGUGUCGGGUAGAGGUUUGAUUUUUUGAGAAUAAAAUUAUUUUGUUUCCUUAGCGAGGGUGAAGGCACAGAGAGUCGUUAAGAUCUCCGAGUGCGGGCGUAUAAAUAAAUAUAUGUACACUGCUUUUUGUGAACAGGCAUACCAGCCUUUGUAUUCACAGAACCGAGAAAACUUUGGCGUAGCGGAUCACAAAAUCCUUUAGGAUUUGUAAUGGCUUAUAUUUCGGAGGUCAACACGAGCUUUUCACAUGACAUGGAUGAUGAAUACGAGAAACUCCGUCGGAGAAUGAAUCCACCCAGGGUUGUAAUUGAUAAUGAGGCCUGCAAGAAUGCAACCGUCAUAAGGGUUGACAGCGCAAACAAACACGGAAUACUUCUCGAAGUAGUACAAGUCCUUAUUGACCUUAACCUUAUCAUAACUAAAGCUUACAUAUCUUCUGAUGGUGGAUGGUUUAUGGAUGUCUUUAAUGUCACCGAUCAAGACGGAAAUAAGGUUACAGAUGAAGGAAUUUUGGACUAUAUUCGAAAGUCUCUUGGUCCAGAUUCAUGCUUUACAUCCUGUAUGAGAUCUGUUGGGGUUAAACCAUCAAUGGACCACACUGCAAUUGAGCUAACUGGAAGUGACAGACCGGGACUACUUUCUGAAGUGUCUGCUGUGCUCACGCAUCUUAAAUGCAAUGUAGUGAGCGCAGAGGUCUGGACACACAACACCCGGGCUGCAGCCGUGAUGCACAUGACUGAUGAGGAAACAGGGUGUGCAAUUACAAAUCCAGAGAGACUAUCUAGGAUCAAGGAACUUCUCUUUAAUGUACUUAAGGGCAGCAACAAAUUCAGUGGAGCUAAGACUGUGGUUUCCCAUGGGAUUACACAUACUGAGAGAAGGCUUCAUCAGAUGAUGUUUGCCGAUAGGGAUUAUGAACGAGCUGACGAUGAUGCCUUAGAUGAUAAGAAGAGACCUAAUGUGAAUGUUGUCAAUUGGUAUGAUAAAGACUACUCUGUGGUCACAAUCCGGAGCAAAGAUAGGCCGAAGCUUCUCUUUGAUACAGUUUGCACAUUGACGGACAUGCAAUAUGUGGUUUUUCAUGCAAAUAUUGAUGCCGAGGGGCCAGAAGCUUAUCAGGAAUACUAUAUUCGGCAUAUAGAUGGAUCCCCUGUGAAAUCUGAUGCUGAGAGAGAAAGAGUGAUACAAUGUCUUGAAGCUGCCAUCGAGAGAAGAAUAUCUGAGGGCUUGAAGCUAGAACUCUGCACUACAGACAGAGUCGGGCUGCUAUCUGAUGUCACUCGCAUCUUCCGUGAAAAUAGCCUCACCGUCACAAGAGCAGAAGUUACAACUAAAGCGGGCAAAGCUGUUAAUACAUUCUAUGUUCGUGAUGCAUCAGGGUAUCCUGUCGAUUCUAAGACCAUAGAUUCCAUCCGGCAAGCGAUUGGCCAGACUGUACUUAAAGUGAAAAGCCCCGAAGACUUGAAACCUGUCUCCCAGGAGUCUACAACUAGGUUCCUCUUUGGUGGUCUCUUCAAGUCUAAAUCCUUUGUUAACUUUGGCUUGGUUAGGUCCUAUUCUUGAGAAACUCAAACUGAUCAGACGUCUCUCCCCUCAGCCGCAUACUGCAUUACAAAUCUCAAACCAUUUUCAGUGGACAUGUGACUUAAUUUAGGUGCGCGCGCGCGCGCACACACACAUAUAUAUAUAUAUAUAUCUCAAAAGAGGUAAGGGAAGCAUAGUGAGAGUCAUGUAAUUGUAGGUACCACCCAUUUGUCCUGCUUUAACCUCUAUAUGUUACAACGAAUCUAACCCCACGUUGGAUUUUUGAAAUCAGAGAAAGAAAGUCUUUCGUGCAAUGCGAUGGAACUAUCAGUUUUAACCUA